GCCCGAAGUUCGCCAGCCAAGUCCGCAUCAUGGCGCUGCCUAUGCUUCUGGACAGCUCUUAUAGGAAAACCUUGGGAAAGGAAGCGUUUCACAAACCUCAGCAUUUCGAUUAUCGCAAUGGAGCAGCCAUGAUGGUGGGCUCCGAGAAGCCGGGCAUCGGAAGGGAGCCGCUCCCGGGUCAGGAGCUCCGCUCCACACACUCCACGCUCCCAUCGGUGGGAGGGGGACCCUUAUGGAUCACGUUUGACAAACAGGCGCUGUGCUUUGAUGCGUAUUUCCAGGAGGCCGUGACUGAGAACAGGGUGGAGUCGGUGAGAGUCAGGCAGUGUAAGAUUUACUUCUACCUGGAGGACGACACCAUUCAGGUGGUAGAGCCAGAAUUCAGAAACAGUGGCAUUACACAAGGAACCCUGAUCCGUCGCCACCGGAUACCUCUCCCGCCACCUAAAGAUGACCAAUUCUACAGCGUGCGUCACUUCAACAUCAACCAGGAGAUAGUGCUCUACUCCCGCACCUUCAUGGUCACCGACUGCGACGCCUUCACACACAACUUUCUGAGGAAGCUCGGCGUGCGGCUGAACCCGCCGGCUCCCACCCCAGAGGACAAGUACAGCAUCCUUCGCCGGCAGAUGGAGGGCAGCAUGCAGCCUCUGCGGCCGUACGAGAGGCAGGACACGCUGAGGCAGUUCCUCGAACACGACCGUAAGGUUCUCCACUUCUUCUGCUUGUGGGACGACUCGGAGAGCAUGUUUGGGGACUGCCGUGAGCUCACCCUCCACUACUUCCUGUCUGACGACACCAUGGAGAUUCGGGAGAUCUUCUGCCCCAACUCAGGUCGUGAUGCUGUGCCUAAAUUCCUGAAGAGGAGCAAGCUGCCCAAGCACGCGCCCACCCCCAAACUGCAGCCCGGAGAAGUGACCAAUCGCACAGUCCUCAAUGUUUUUGGGCCAUUGGGACAGGGGGGGCGCUACAUGCUGGAUAGCUUGAAAACGGGUGCGAUCCAGGAAGACUUCUACAAGGACUGUGAUCUGGCCCUGGGAACGGUUAUCAACGUCUGGGGCAGGAAGGUGCUGCUCUGUGACUGUGACAGUUUCACCAAGGAGUUCUACCGCUCCAAAUAUGGUAUAGAGGAUUUCACUCCGGUCCCGUACAAACCCCGCCCAGCCCCUAAACCAACCAGGCAGGUGCCCCCCUACAAUGGAUUUGACUCUGAGGAAGACUCCCUCUCCUCCUGUCAGGGACUCCUGCCCAAGCCCCCCAAGAAAGACUUCCGGAAGUUUAUGGAAAAAGACAGACAGGGUCUGGUGAGUAACGUGCUCAGGUUUGAGGGCAAGAUGGUGUCCGAGGAUCCCAUCGACCGGGAGAGACUCUUCAUAAUCUCCUUCUACCUGAGCGACGACACCAUCUCCGUGUUUGAGCCACCCCAGAGGAACUCAGGUGUGACUGGGGGUAAGUUCCUGGAGAGGAGGCGGGUGAAGAAGCCAGACCAGGAGCUCUUAAAGGGUGAGGCGUCUGAGUGCUUUGGGGCACAGGACCUGUAUGUGGGGGCUCAGCUCUGCCUGCACCAGUAUGAGUUCCAGCUGGUGGAUGCGGACGAGUUCACACUGAAUCACAUGGAGGAGCACGCCAAGGAGUUUCCCAGGGCAAACAUUGACACAAUUGUGAGCAAGCUGAGAUCCAUCAGUGAGGACAAGCGGAGGGAGAUCGAGAGCCUUCUUGCCGUCAGCGAUCCAGAGGACAUGGGAGUGGUGUCAUACGGGCCUCUGAGGGAUCUGCUCCUGGAGGCAGGAUGCCAGCUGUCGGAGCAUGAGAUCCUGACACUGGGCCGCUGCUACCGUAUGCCGGCACCGGCGCCGUCCCACUCGGACCUGAAUUUGGCCCUCGGUGCAGCCCAGGAGACCUUGCGGAAGAAGCACUUCGAAGACUUUCCGGAAAUGACUAGUGCCUUUCUGCACGAGGACCGGCACGGAGCAGGACGUCUGUCCACCCAGGAGGUCAGGACUAUCUGCAAAGCCUUCAGGCUCCCCCUGCCCGACGACCUGCUGAUGACUGUUGUUGGAAGGUACGAGAUGGAGACGGGAGAGAUAGACUACCAUGCUUUUGUAUCGGGGCUCAACUGGAGAGAGAACCCUGCCCCCCCAGCCCUGGCUGAUGACAGCAUGAAGGCUAAUGUCUGGGACAGCCAAACUGUGGCCCCACUAGUAAAGAGCAUCAACUACUCUGCCUUACUGGAGGAUGUGUUUGGGCAGCGAGAGUGAUGGGGGGAGGGCAGAGACCUCAGCACCCCCCUCUUCCUGGAAGACACAGCUCAGAUGUCCUGUCGUCAUUCCCAGCAGUCAUGCACAAGCACCGUAUAAUUUGCAUGGUCUCUGGUUGCCUCGCAUAUAAAUCCAAGAAAUAUUGAUAACUAAUAAUAACAGGCACCUGAUGAUGUGAACAAUACAGUAUGAUGUGAUUAUGGGUGAUGUGCAGAGUAAAUAAAGGGGCGGAAACCUUA